AUGCGAUCCCUUCCGAAACGCAACAACCCUCUGAUUCUGCCAGAGUCCUCCCCUUCCUAUGAGGAGCUUCUGACCUUGCGCCGCCUGGGAAAGACACACCUGACCGUCAAAGCCACCCAGGUUGGCACCUCGAAUGCCACCAAACCAGAGAACUUGGGCCUCUUUGAGUAUGCUCACCUACGCGCUCCGCUGCCCAAGGACUUGCGCGGCUCAGAGAUCUUUCCUUCGAGCAAAACAAUGCAACACCCAGAGACCUACUUUCUCAUGAGACGAAGCAAAGAUGGUUUCAUCAGUGCGACGGGCAUGUUCAAGAUUGCCUACCCUUGGGCUAAAUCGGACGAGGAAAAAGCUGAACGCGAGUACAUCAAGGCACGCUCAGAAACCAGCGAAGAUGAAAUCGCAGGCAAUGUGUGGAUUUCGCCUUUCCUAGCGCUAGAGCUGGCCAAAGAAUAUCAGAUGUUUGACUGGGUUCGCGCCUUGUUGGACUCCACCGAAAUCAUUCAGAGCCCAGCAGGUUCGAAGAAACCGAUUACCCCGCCACCGAAGUUUGACAUUCCACCAUCCGUGGAAUCGGCUGAGGAGCCCGUACCGUCUACUCGUACCCGGAGCCGACGCUCUGCAUCUCCUACCAAGUUUUCGUCUCCUAAGAAGAACGCAUCUCCUCGCAAAUCGAGGGCUACUAGAGCUGCCCAGGACAGCUCAGCAGCCGCUACCAACGCUGCCAGUGCUACCCUGCAAGCCGCUCUCAACGGCUCUGUGGAGAAUGAAUCCGUUGAUGAAUCAAAUGAUGCCGCUACUUCCGAGCAGCCUGAAACCGCAGAGAAGGAUGAAAAGGAUGAGAAGGAGGCGAAGGACGUGAAAGAUGCGAAGCCGAAGAAGAGUAGCAGGUCUAAGAAGCAAGCCCCUGCUCCUACCGAGGUUAAAGUGAACGCCCAGCCCGCAGCCGAAAUCAAAGACGAUGUUGAAGUCAACGUCUCGGUUGAGUUGCCAGUCAGCCUCUCCGAUCUCCCGCCCGCCGAAAACACGGAGCAGAUGAUUGCGGAAGCGAAGAAGAUGGUCGAGGAGGCCACGAAACAGGAAGAAGACGACACAGCCGCUGAGGCUUCAUCUUCGAAGAAGCGCAAGUCCGAUGAAGUCGAGGAAGAAGAAGACAAGACACAGGCCACAGGCCAGCCGACGAAGAAGGCAAGAGUGCUGGAAGACAAACUGAAAAAGGAACGCGUACGGAACCGAGCCCUUGUCGGCGUGACGGCCACAUUAGCACUUGCGUGA